AAGUUCGAUCUUCAGCAGGCCCGUCCCUCCCAGUCUCGCGGCAUCUGUGCCCGCGUGUAGUCGCGCCGUGCGCAACGUGCCACGAUAUUGUCGGUGUUUAGUUGUGCCUUAAUUUAAAUAAUAUCGUGAGACCUACGCAAACCUGACGACAUGGAUCCCGAAGCAUUCUUGGACCUGGCCAACCAGGUCAUAAAACUGAAGAUGUACCCGUAUUUCGAUAUAGCGCACUCUUUAUUAUGCGCUCUAGCAGUCAGAGAAGAUUUAGGAGCUGGAGCGCAGGCGUUCUCCCGCAAGCACCCGCUGUCCUGCUGGCUGUCCACCAUGCUGGUGAUCUUCGCCGGCGGUAUGGUGGUCAACGGCCUGCUGGGAGAACCAAUGCUGGCUCCUCUGAAGAACACGCCGCAGCUCGUCAUCGGAACAGUCACAUGGUACAUAGUCUUCUACACUCCGUUCGACGUGGGGUAUAAAGUGGCCAAGUUCUUACCCGUCAAAGUGGUGGCAUCGGCUAUGAAAGAGAUCUACCGCGCCAAGAAAGUGUACGACGGAGUCAGCCACGCCGCCAAGCUGUAUCCCAACGCCUACGUCAUCAUGAUCAUCAUUGGUACCCUGAAAGGAAACGGAGCCGGCUUCACCAAGCUGGUGGAGCGCCUCAUCCGUGGCGCCUGGACGCCCACAGCCAUGGAAACCAUGCAGCCAAGCUUCUACACGAAAGCAUCGCUGGUGGCGUCCAUCAUCUUCGUGCUGGACAAGAAGACAGACCUCAUCUCCGCGCCACACGCUCUGGUGUACUUCGGCAUAGUCAUAUUCUUCGUGUAUUUCAAGCUAUCGUCCAUCCUGCUGGGCAUCCACGAUCCCUUCGUGCCCUUCGAGAACCUGUUCUGCGCGCUCUUCAUGGGCGGCAUCUGGGACUCCCUCGCCAAGCUGCUGGGCAAGGGCCAGCCCAAGGAGGAGACUAAAGACGCUAAAAAGACUAAUUAGGAUAAUUUGUGGUUCUCGCCACCACUUAAAGCUACUCCAUCAACUGACACCGACAAUACAAAUUGCGACGGCUUCAUUAAACGUAUCAUAAUAAACAUAAAAUAAUAAAAAACAAAAAAAUAGUAAAAGCCCUUUAAAUCCUAAAAAAAUGGCACAACGACCAAAGUAUUGAUUUCAUUAGUAUUAAGUUUGACUAGUCAUAAUAUUUUGUGUGUACGAUGAGUAUACGUUAAGUGAUUCCUAUUGAAAUACAUGUUACAUUUAUUAUUUUAAUUUUUCAUAGUAUUUUAAUUCUAAAUUGUUAUAAAUUAUUGAGAAACAUUAUAGUUUUGUUUUGUAAUAGAACUCUACAUUAAUUUCCACGAAAGUAUUUUACAGUUACUUUACACUAUUAAUUGAUUGUUCCUAGUUGAUUAAAUUAAGUUUUGCACUUCCCAGUUUUUGUUGUGUGAAAAAAUAUAUAAAAUAAUCGAGCAUUGGGAUUAUUAUGUCUAGUUAGUAAUCGAAACGACAAGCGAAUAUCGACUUCCUUUUGUAGUGCCUUGUUGCAAAAAUGGUGGUUAAAACACACAAUAGUUAAAUUCACCUUCUUUCCUGUCAAAGAUAAGAUGCUUGCUUAUAAAACCCACCGUUACCUAAAUAUACCUUGCUAAUAAUGCUCUUGGUAUGAAGAAAUUAUCUGCAUUACAUACAUUAUCAUGCAUUUGUCAUGUACUGCAUUUUCUGCAUACGUUAUGUUACCAUAUCUUCCUAACUUUCAUUGCUCGCCACCAUUGCAACUUUAUUAUUUUUAAGUUCUGUUCAAAUGUCUUCAUAUACAAUUACGCGUUAUAGUAUUAUUAAAGUUCAUAUUAUGCGAUAUAAAAGUAUUAUGGUGCUAAAAUGCCUCAAUCAUCCUCGGAACACAUGUGGCUUGUAAUAAAAUAAGUUUAAAUUUACUUUUGUGAAUUCUCUGAAUUGUUAAAGCGAAACAUCUGCCCAAUCCGCACGGGUGCAAGCGGAGAGGAGCACAUGUUUCGUUGGAAAUAAACAUUGACCUCGCCGAGGGUCGAACCGGGUCAUGAGACACCCGCGAAAAAGUUCUUUAGUGUGGAAAAAGCCGUGUAACCCUUACCUAGGGUUCAUUAAGUAAUUUAAAUUCUAAUUUACUUGAAAUAUCUGAUCAAACUGCAGCGCUUGCAGCGAGAGACAUUUAUUUCGAGAGAAAUGGAAGCAACCCAAUUUUAUUUAUGUUUUAAAUUAAAUUGACUUACCUACCUACUUAAUAUGCUGAAGGAAGCAAUAAAUUGUUUUUAUUUAA